AUGGAUGAACAAGCCGAGCUCGCUACCGAACGGUUCUCAACAUCGAGCGACGAAAAGAAGAUACCCGAUCUCUUUGAUAAAAUUCUGUUAAGCAAAAGCUUACCAGAUGAUCAAAAAUCGGCAGAGUUUAUUGCGCAGAGUGGGUUUGAGGUCAUAGCAGCGGGAGGGGAGACAUCAGCCCGGAUACUUUCAACAGCGACUUUUCAUAUGUUGUCCAAUAAAGAUACAGUUCUUGCGCGGCUCGUGGAAGAGCUCAAAGACGCUGCCUUGGACCAGAACACUGCUCUAGAAUUGAGGACUCUAGACAAUCUUCCAUGGCUAACAGCUAUUGUGAAAGAAUCCCUUCGCAUCUCUUCAGUCGUCACAUCUCGAUCACCUCUUAUAUCCUCGAGUCAGGCCUUGCAAUACCAAGAAUGGACGAUCCCAGCGGGUACGCCUGUUAGCAUGUGUUUUCGUGACCUUUUGCUAGAUCCAAGCAUUUUCCCCGAUCCUCAUGACUUCCGUCCUGAGCGCUGGCUCGAUCCAACACCAGAAAUGGAGCGCGCAUAUGUCCCGUUUGGCCGGGGAUCGCGCAUGUGUGUGGGGAUGAAUUUCGCACUCGCAGAAAUCUAUAUAUGCCUUGCGCAUUUGGUCCGUGAUUUGGAUUUGGACCUUUAUGACACUGUGAAGGAAAGAGAUUUCGAUAUAGUUCGUGACUGUUUCGUCGGGGAGGUUUCUCCAGCUAGUAAGGGCGUCCGAGUCACAUUUGCCCCUGUUAAUGGAUCUCUGUGA